CACGAGCUGGGUGAAUAUUAACUUUUUAUGUAUAUUACAUAGUGCGAUAAGGGAGGUGUCUUUGAUAAUGGGGUCAUAGGGUAAAAACCUGAAGGAUAAGAGGGAUAACUACGUGGGUAUUUUCAGAAUAAGUUCUAGGCAAAACGUGCUGGUGAGUAGAUAGCUUCGGUAGGUGGAGCCCUCAUAGGCUCCUAAGCGUUUGAAGACUCCAGCCAGGUUGGCCAUUAGCAUGACUUGCUCACUGCAGAGACACUCAGGGAACAGAUGUGAGGAAGUCUGGCUCUGCCUCUGGGAGUCUGCAAUUCUUCACUGUGGCAGACUGCAAGGCCUGAAUCUAGGCAGCCUCAUUUUUCAUCAAAAUCUGGUUCCCAAGUUUAAUUCCUAGACCUUUACUAUUCGUGUCACUCAGUGAUUUGUUAGAAAUGCUUGUUCUCGUUUCAGAAACUGGCCUAGUGAAACAGAUUCUGUGGAUCAAGACCUUAGAAUCUACGUUUUAACAAUUUUCCAGAGCGACUGAUAAAACCAAGUGUAACACUGACUUGGUAGUGUAUGGAUUUGAAUUGCAACGUGACUUGUUGAGCCUGCAUAACUACGGAUGGUAAGCGUAUUUGAAUCUGUAGCCUUUGGGAAUAUCUGAAAUAUGUUUAGCUUCUUGGAGCAAGCGGAGCUUCAUCCGGAAUAACACGUCCCUGCACUCUUGGGUGAACAGCUACAAGCAACACACAACACUCCCCCCAAAACUUGAGUUCUCCUUCUUUAAGAAGAGACAAAGACCCUUCUAAUCUCUUGGACUCAAAGACGUCAUCUCCCAACGCAGCUCCUGGGUCGAAAAUUGUCUGGGGGUGGGCUGCCGAGCACCCUUACCCACGGCGUCUGAAUCCGUGGGAACUACAUUACCCUGUAUGCUCCGCGCCUAACGGCCGCCUCGCUGAACCAAUGAAGGUUCACAACAGGCGUCUUCCGUGUGUGACACCGAACGCGGGGCGGGACUUCCGGCGUCCUCCUCCGGGCGGUCAUUUUGGCUUCUCCCCUGUGUUCAUCCGGGCAGAAGUUCCGGAGCGCUGGGUGUGUGCGAGAGGACUCCAAGAGAAGGAGUCAGAGGAGUCUUUGACCCCGCCAUACAGAGGCGUGUCUGAGGCGAGGCGACGCUGCCCGGGGUGCCCCGCACCAGGGCCGGUAUAAGAACCGCCUGCCCGCUCCCGGCCCCGCUUCGCCCACAGGCCCGGAUGGCGGCAGUCACGCUGAGGGACCCGGCUCAGAUACUCACAGAGGGGUCAGUACCUUCUCAGCAGUGACUCUCUUCUGUGAAGCCAGAGCCAUAGGCACCAUCCUGAUCCUGAUAAAAUACAGCUGCUUCAACUCCAUGGCACCCAGUAGCUCAGAACUACUCCUGCUGUGGUGAGCGGGUCCUGCACGGAGUCAGGGAAGCCAGAAAGCACAGUACGAAUCUCUCACGGGAAGUGGUUUUGGUUUGGAGCUUUACCUUUUAAAACCCGUAUCUCUUAACAACCCGAGCAUUCGCAAAGUCUGGAGAGAGCCCUGAAGUGAGAAGCUUUAGAUCCCUUUCAUUUUCCUCACGGGGUCUCCCUCAGACUCCUUCUGUGAGUGACUUCAAAACUGGACCAAAGACCAGAAUCCAUGGCUUUCCAGCGUUGGACAAAAGCACGCCAUGGGCAGUGAGCCUGGAGAAAACCAAGUGUAGGAGAUGAGGUCGCCUUCUUCCCAGCGCCUCCCCCUCCAAAGUCAGACACAGUUGUGAUUCUGAGUGACUCUGGAACACUAGGUCCGUGUGCAAUUGUGAGCUUUGGGGACAGCGGGAGUAGUCCCUGUAGCCUCUGGGAGCAUGCGGUCAGGGAGUCUAAAACUGCAUCGGUGUUGAACAUUCAGGGGAUCGUCACGACUCCCCAGGAAUCCAGGCACAGCACCCCUUGCAGAGCAGCUGCGGCUGUGUUCCAGGAGGUUCUGACGCGUGGCGCCCCUUGCAAAGGCCUGUGGAACGCUGAGAAUUGCAUUGCCCGGAGGACCCUGCGCCCAGCGACGCCAGCGUGGAGCCAAUGAAGGUCCAGGAGACAGGCUGUUCGCUGUUCGGCAGGUCCAGAGCGCAGGGUCAGUCCGAGGUGACUGGGGAAGCACGAGAGGAGGCGUCCCCGUGGCCCUGGGCCGCUCCCAGGCCUGCUCUUCCUACGGAGUCCCAUGGCGGCAGCUGUGCCCGCGGACCCGGCUCAGGGUAGUGUGACCUUCGAAGACGUGGUUGUGUACUUCUCCUGGGAAGAGUGGGGGCUCCUUGACGAGACACAGAGAUGCCUGUACCAUGAUGUGAUGCUGGAGAACUUCGCACUCGUGAUCUCACUAGGUUGUUGGUACGGAAUGGAGGAGGAGGAGGCCCUUUCGGUGCAGCAGGUGUCCAUGGGCAGGACUUCAAGUCCAGCUCCAUCCGUGUGGAGAGCUCAGCCCUGUGACAAGUGUGUCUUGCUUGGGAGAGACAUUUUGUACCUGGGUGAGGACCAAGGAGCACAUCGUGGGCAGAACUACAUCUGUGAGGCAUGUGGGAAACUGUGGUUGGACGUAAAUUUUCAGCCCCAGAAGCACAAUGAGGAGAAGCCAUUCAGAUGGGACAUGGAGCUUGUGACAAGGUACAAACUGCACGUGUCAGGGAAGCCUUUCCCCUGUGGGGGAGUUGGGAAGGACUUCCUGGCCAUCGUGAGCCUUCUCCGACACCAGGCCACUCUCAAAGGAGCCGAGCCUCACAGCAGCUUUGAACAUAGGGACUCCUUUCAGGGUAGAAAAAGUCCGCCCGAGUACAGCAACCACGGGAAGUCCUUUAGCUAUGACUGUAAACUUUUCCAGCAUCAGCAACUGCACCCCAGAGAAAGUUACCACGACUGGGAUAACUGUGAGAAGCCUUUUAACCAAAGCUCCAUCCUUAGUGACUGUCCGAGAGCUUACCCAGAAACGAGGUCUUACGAGUGUAACGAAUGUGGGAAAUCCUUCAGCCAAAGCUACAACCUCAUUCAGCACCACAGGAUUCACACUGGCGCCAGGCCUUACAAAUGCAGCGAAUGCGGAAAAGCCUUCAGCUUCAAGUUCAGACUCGUCCAGCACCUGCAGAUUCACACUCGCGUGAGGCCUUAUGCCUGUGGCGAAUGCGGGAAAGCCUUCAGCUACAGCUCAACCCUCAUCAAACACCAGAGAGUGCACACGCGAGAAAAGCCUUAUAAGUGUGGGGAGUGUGGGAAUUCCUUUAGCCAAAGCUCCAACCUCAUCCAGCACCAGAAGAUCCACAGCGGAGCAAGGCCCUACAAGUGCAACGAAUGUGCCAAGUCCUUCAGCUACAAGUGCAAGCUCGUUCAGCACCUGCGCAUUCACACCGGAGAGCGGCCUUACGAGUGCGGCGAAUGCGGCAAGUCCUUCAGCCAUAGGUCCACGCUCAACCAGCACCAGAGAAUUCACACGGGAGCCAGACCUUACAAGUGCGAAUGUGAGAAAUCCUUCAGCCAAAAGUCCAACCUCAUCCAGCACCGGAGAGUCCACACGGGCGAGAAGCCUUACGAGUGUGGAGAAUGUGGGAAGUCCUUCAGCCAAAGCUCCCACAUCAUUCAACACAGAAAACUUCACACCAGAUAACCUCCUGCCUGCAGCUGCGGAGGACAGGGAUGUCAGUGCAGCACACGGGGAAGCCAGCUCAAGGCCUAACCUCCUCCCGUGACUGGGAUUUCAUAGAAAGAGACUCCUGCUGGAGGAAACGGUCUACCCCCAGCCCCCAGACCAGGUUUGUGGGCCUUUAGGAGCCCUGCCACCUUCCUCAGCGUAUAAAAACAGGGCAGGUUCUCUGGGCCCUUGGGAGAUAGGGGGGUGGGGGGAAUUAUGCAGUCCCCCUUCCUCAUUAGGUAGUUUUGACAGCUAAGGGGGUUUGAAAAUCCUGGUUCCAUGAGAAUAGCCUCUCUUCUCUGUGGCCGCCGGCACCCCCCUCCCAGUGGUUUAUUCUGCAGGAAGGAAAUACUGCAAAGGAAUCAUGUGCCUUCGACAGGGAGGGUUCAGCUUUUCUGGUGGGCCUGAUGUAGUGAAACCUGCACACAUCACCUUCCUCUGCUUUCUUCAUGUAGUUGAGGAGCUUUAUAAACUUUAUUUGCAGGAUAGGGCUUACGGAGGCAAGAAACCGGUAAUAGGAUAGAAAUUCGGCUGGGAUGAUGCUCUUCUGCCCAGAUUGCUGACCCACAGAGAAGCUAUUUGGAAAUUCUCACUGAUGCACCAGGCAGGGUGAGGGGACCUGCUCUCUAUUCCAUUUUUUAAUAAAGCUUUAUAUAAAGUUAAGGAUACUGGUAGACUGCACAUAUUUAAAAUUGUAUACAGACUGUAAUAAAUGGAUCUAUAUGCCUU